AAGAAGCAAAUCUAUCUGUUUUUGUGAAUUGGCGCUGUAAUUUUUGUAUUUUUUUUUUGUUUCGAAUGAAUGUUUAAACAAUUUAUUUUAUAUCUUGGCAAGAACAUGAGUACCACCAAUAAGAAAUCUAGAGAAACCUUGGCCAAGAAGUUAGCUGGGAAGAAAGUUCCUGUAAAACGAGAAGUAGAACUUAAACCAGAACUCUUUUCUGAGGUAAAAAAUAAUAAGAAAACCAGACUAACAACUUCCGCUAAAAAUACAGAUCUCUCUGGAAAAGAAGAUGUUGCCUUGAAGAAAGUUAUAAAGAAAUCAAAACGGGUGACCAAAACAACUGAUAUAGUAAAUGAUCUGAAAGAACCGCCUUUCGAAGUAGCAUUAGAUGCCAAAACUCUUUCAAUCAAAACUGAAAUUUCUGAUACCGAACCAUCGACUUCGUCUUCUAUCAAACAAGAAAAUAAAGCAACAAAAAAAUCUAAUAAUACAAAAAAAUUUAUAUCACAAUACAACGACGACAUCAAGAGCGAAGAAGUUAAACAGGAACCUGGAGAAGAUAAAUGGGAACCCCAAAAUUGGAAACAAAUAUUAGAAAAUAUACGCAUUAUGCGAUCGAAAGAUAAUGCACCUGUCGACACAAUGGGCUGUCAUAAAUGUGCAGAUGAAAAUGCAGACGAAAAGACCCAACGUUUCCAUAAAUUAGUUGCUCUUAUGCUAUCCAGCCAAACCAAAGAUGAGACCACUUAUCAUGCAAUGCUGCGUUUAAGAGAACAUAGUCUAACGCCCAAGUCAAUAAGCGAAAUGAAAUUAAAUGUAUUGGAAAAUAUACUGCAUCCAGUGUCAUUCUAUAAGAAUAAAGCCAAAUACCUUCAACAAACUUCAAAAGUUCUAAUUGAUAAAUACAAUUCCGAUAUACCUGAUAAUAUUAAGGAAUUAGUUGCUUUGCCUGGAGUGGGACCAAAAAUGGCUCAUAUUUGCAUGGCCACAGCAUGGCAUCAAACCACUGGCAUUGGUGUUGAUGUUCAUGUGCAUCGCAUUUGCAAUCGUUUAAAAUGGUUGCCACGUCCCACCAAAGAACCCGAACAAACUAGAGUUGCUUUGGAGCAAUGGUUGUCUCGUGAUCUCUGGAGAGAAGUUAAUCAUUUGUUAGUUGGUUUCGGUCAAACCACCUGUACACCUGUAAAACCUAAAUGUUUAGAAUGUUUAAAUUGCAGCAUUUGUCCAGAGGCACCAAAGGUAAACCCAUCGAAGAAGUCCGAGAAGAAGACAGAAAAUGUCCAAGUUUCGAGUCUCUGUGAUAAGGCUACUUUCAAAAAGAAGAAAAUGCAUGUGUAGACUAAGGGUGAUUGGAGGGAUUACUAACUAUAUGUUCGAUGAAUUCGUUAUUGUUUCGCACCAUAUAUGUGAUAAAUAAAGAUGUUAUCUGUUUAUCGUUGUAA